AUGGAGCUGGCUGGCGACCGGUCCUGUUUAAAAUGGAUGCUGCAUGUCGAUGGGUCUUCAAACGCGAACAAUGGCAGAGCAGGCAUAUUAAUCCAAGGACCAAGAGGAAUUGAGAUUGAAGUCGCGGCUCGCCUUUCAUUCCCAGUGACUAACAACGAGGCAGAAUACGAGGCUCUGGUGCUGGGCCUAGAGCUCGCUCAUGAAACUGGUGCCCGUGACUUGGAGGUACCUAGGGCCGAGAACGACAAGGCAGAUGCCUUAUCAAAAUUUGGAGCUGCAAUGGAUGAAAUUCGAGGUCGAAAAAUCACCGCACUAGUGCGCGAGAGAUCGACACUAUGGAAAGGAACGGAGGUCCAGGUGGUCGCAGAAACGGGGUCCUGGAAGAACGAAAUUGUGAAGUGUCUCGGGGACGGUACCUUACCCAGCAAUCCCAUUGCCGCGAAGAGGGUCAAAUUUCGAGCUACCCAAUUUACUCUGCUGGCCGGUCAACUCUAUAAAAGGACAGCUGACGGACCCCUCUUGAAAUGCCUAGACGAGGAGAGAGGCCUUUACGUAAUGCGGGAGAUACACGAAGGAAGUUGUGGCAAUCACUCAGGGGUGAGAUCGCUGGCACAGAAAAUCAUGCGACAAGGGUAUUUCUGGCCGACCUUGGUCGAAGACUCUAAGAACUUUGUGAGGAAAUGUGAGAGCUGCCAGAAGUUCGGUAUACCUAGAAUAUUGAUAUCUGACAGUGGCACCCAGUUUCAGGGCAGAAAGAUCACAGAAUGGUGCAAAGAACUGAAGAUCGCGCAGCACUUCACAGCAGUCGCGAACCCUCAGGCGAACGGACAGACCAAGGUGACGAACCGGACGAUCUUGCAACACUUGAAGACGCGCCUUGAGAGCAAAAGAUCGUGGGUUGACGAGCUGCCUGGAGUCUUGUGGGCUUAUCGCACGACUCCACGAACUACCACGGGCGAGACCCCUUUCUGCCUAGUAUACGGGACCGAGGCCAUCAUUCCGGCAGAAAUCGGGGAGGAAUCGCAAAGAGUCAUGCAGUACGAACCCGAGACGAACCGAAAUGAGCGAAGCUUCGACCUCAUAGUUAUUGAAGAAAAGAGGGAGGCCGCAUAUGCUCGAAUUUUGCAUCAUAAGGGAUUGAUGAUGAAGAGCCACAGUCGCAGAAUUCGACCACGCCAAUUGCAGGUAGGAGAUCUCGUGUUGAAGAAGGUAGAGGCCUCCAAACACGUGGGAAAACUGGAACCACCCUAG